GUCCGGCGCCAUGGCGUAGCGCGAACCACCACCGCCGUCGGCUGGGCCGCGAUGGCCGAGGUGAGCUUCACCAAGCGAGCGGCGGCCGAGCUGAGCCGCUGCUUCAACGGGCUCGCCGUGCGGGCAAAGGGUGGACUGCAGCACGAAUCUCCCGUGGCCGCGACAGCGACCGGCGGCGGCACCAGCACCAACAGCGGUGGCGUCGCAGCGACCAGCAGACGCGGUCGCGGAGGAGGAGGAACGGGAAAUGCGGGAUCCGGACGCGUCGGUUCCGCAACAGCCACCGCUCCGGCCGCUUCGGCGGCCGUCGUCAUCACCGCGGCCGCGCGCGAUCCGGCCGCCGCGGUAGCGUCGCCCAACGCCGCCGCAGCCGCCGUAGUCGCGGCCGCCGCGGCGUCGCGUCCCCGAACGGCCGCCGAGAUGAUGCGCGACCCGGAGUUCCUGUCGCGGCUGUUCUCGCACUUUCGGGGCCGCGAGCGGCUGCCCCUCGCAUCGGUGUGUCGCGCGUGGAGGGACGCCCUGUACGACCCUCGCCACUGGCGAGACAUGGCCGCCGUGCUGCGGUGCCGAGAGCUGCGCAAGGAGACAGCCGACGCCCGCCGACGACUGCUCGAGUCGCUCGAGCGACGCGGCAUGGACGCCGUCUGGCUCGUCGGCGCCUCGGACGAGGACCUCGCCGACGUCGUGUCCCUGGGCGCCGCGCUGCUGAGCCGCGCGAGGCUCGUGGCGCUUCGAUGCUCGAGCGUCUCGGACCGCGGGCUCGAGUCCCUCCUGGCGGCCGCGCCUCGCGUCUCGGCGCUCGAGCUGUUCGGCUGCAACGAGCUGACCGACGCCGGACUGUGGGCCGCGCUGCGACCGACCGUCACGUCGCUGACGCUCGCCGACUGCAUCAACGUCGCCGACGAGACGCUGGCCGCCGUGGCGCAGCUGCUUCCCGCGCUGCGAGAGCUCAACCUGCAGGCGUACCACGUCACCGACGCCUCGCUGGCCCACCUCGGUGGAGUUGGAGGGGUCGGCUCCCACCACCACCAGCAGCAGCAGCAGCAACACCAGCAGCAGUCGCAGCUGGUGGUGCUGCGACUGCGCUCCUGCUGGGAGCUCACCAACCAGGGUCUGGUGCAGCUGGUGCAGGCGGUGCCCCAGCUGCGCGAGCUGUCCCUCUCGGGAUGCACCAAGAUCAGCGACGACGGCGUCGAGCUGCUCGCCGAGAACUUGCGACAGCUGCGCGUGCUCGACCUGUCGUGGUGCCCGCGGGUCACCGACGCCAGCCUCGAGUUCAUCGCGUGCGACAUGACGCAGCUGCAGCAGCUCACCCUAGACCGGUGUAUGCACAUCACGGACAUCGGCCUGGGCUACCUGUCCACGAUCCCCAACCUGUCGGUCCUCUACCUGCGCUGGUGCUCGCAGAUACGAGACUUCGGUCUGCAGCACCUGUGCACCAUGAAGAGCCUGCGGAUACUGUCGGUGGCCGGCUGCCCGCAGGUUACGGCUCGUGGCCUGUCCGGGCUUGCGCAGCUGCGACAGCUCCAGGAGCUCGAGCUCACCAACUGCCCCGGCGCCACCGCCGAGCUCCUGGCCUUCCUGCGCGAGCAGCUGCCUCACUGCCUCGUCGUCGAAUGAGUCGCCUGUUGCUGCUCUUCUGCUCGACGCGUGGCCACAGACAGCGGCGAUGACGACCAGCAAUAAGAAGUUGAUACCCACGGUUGUGACGACACACUCUUCCCCCACUCAAUGACCACCGCCCACUGCGAACCCGCUCCCCACAGACCUCCUCCUUCCGCCUUGUCGAGAAGAUAUAGAUUCAUCUUCGAACCGUAGCUUCAAAGCUUGCCGCCGUCGCCUGCUUUUUCAGCACCUGCAGUCUCGCUUCAGAAAGGAAGAAGCCAAUUCACAAGGCUGGAGUGGUGUCGCCAGCGAUCCUCAAACACCCCUUGGCUUGGAAGAGGGGCGUCGACUUCACUCAGGCUGACAGCUCAAUUAAAACUGCUCCCUACUCCACCAGCGACUAGUUAACUAGCUGCUGAUUAUGCACCACCUGCCGAGGGAUAUCGCCAUUCUGAGGACGCUUCGCGAUUUAGAAACACACACCACCCUGCGACAGCCUCUUCAGCGACCGAUCCGCCCUUCAACAGUCAGGAAGUGGAUCAACACUGCAGCGGGGACCGCACGUUGAGUAAACUAGUUGAGCGAGGAAAGUGGACGUCCCAAGACGUAGUAUAGAGGUAUUUAUAGCGACGUCGUAAAGACGUUGAUGCUCACAACGGGCCUUCCACACAACGCAACAUUGGCGUGUGCCGGCUCGCACAAGAGACUGCCUGCCUAUAUGUGGUGCCAUCUUUCUCUCGAAAGAGGCGACUGAAGAAACAACGGCGCUCCCGAGCAACAACGGUUGCCACAGCAGCUCCAUUGCGAAAGAACACAAUGCAAGUGCCGACGAGAUGUUGUAAUAGUUCAUUGUAUUUUACGUGCGUGUCCAGCUGUCGUCGAUGAUGAUUAUGACGAUGAAGAAGAAGCGUGCGGCGUACACCACGCCGCAGAGCCACGGCAGCCACCGUGCAGCUUGUAUGAUGUGCGUGUCCGUGUCUGUGUUGUGUGCGUCCGUGCGCCAGGCGCACGCACCCUUAUGUACAGAUUAUGACAAUGAUAAUGCCUUGUUUUCUUUUUUUCUUUCUUGUCUUUGCUCCUCGCACAGAAGAAGAUGAAGAAGUAGCCCCACCCUGCCCGGCAAAGCAAGUCUUCCCCGUGUGAUUAAAGAAAAUAAGAAAAAAAAAAAACAGUAAAAUAAAAUGCUCUGCUGCCGG